UCUCUCUCUGAGGUAACUGACUGCCUCAGCUCCAAGAAGUGGCAGGUUUGGAAGGAGUAUCCACAUUGGAGCUUCACUAGAAAAGCCAUGGCCUCAACCACUCCCAUGCAGAAGAUGCAGGAGAUCACCACCUGCUUUAUGUGCUCAAACUUGUUGGCUCAUCCGGUAAGCCUCAACUGUGGACAUAGUUACUGCCUCUUCUGUAUGUGGGCCUUCUGUAGGAAGGAACCAUUGCCACGGAGCUUCCUGUGUCCUCAGUGUGAGUGUCCAUUUGCUGAAAACUGCUGGACCUACAAUAAGCAUCUGGAAAGAAUCAUUGAAGUCUUAGGGGAGGUGAAGUUUGGGGACAACGUAGAAUGUGAGACCCACGGGGAAUGGCUCCAGCUCUUCUGUGAAGACGACGGCCAGCUCAUCUGCUGGCGCUGUGAGCGGGCACCGCAGCACCAAGGGCACAACACAGUGCUGGUGGAGGACGUGUGCCAGGGCUACAAGUGAGGGCUUCACCUCAGGAAGACACUACUUCGAAGUGCAUGUUGGAGAAGGAACAAAUUGGGAUGUGGGAGUUUGUAUGGAAAAUGUGAUGCGGGGCCUUGGCAUGAAGCAGGAGCCUGAGCUUGGAUUCUGGGCCAUCCAGCUGUGCCCGGAGAAUGGCUAUGCAGCACUGACCUCUCCCCGCACUGCCCUUGAUCUGCGAGAGCGACCCGUGGUGGUGGGGAUUGUUCUGGACUAUGAGGCUGGAACUGUGUCCUUUUACAACAUGACCACUGGCUCCCACAUCUUCACCUUCCCCAAGGCUUCUUUCUCUGAUAUUCUGCGGCCUUAUUUCCGAAUUUGCCAGCGUUCUCCUUUGUUCCUGCCUCCCUGUAACGAGUAAAGAAAAGAAUAAAGUCUCCUUGGGUUAGACAGCACUGAA